GUCAGCGCGUUUAUUCAAUUUGAUUUUUUGGGUCUCUGUCGACAAACCUUUAUUAGAUUUUUGUUCCAGGGACAGCGAGUGAAGGAAGCUACUCAUCAAGAGCGACAGGUUUUGAUUCACACACUUAUUACCAUACCUUUUUACAAGCGGGUGUCUAGAUGCAUUAUCUCAGCAUGUAGUGUUAGAAAUACAAACUUAAGUGGUGACAUUGUGCUUCGGCUUUUGUAAACCCCCACACACACUCUCACACAUUGUCCAAGUCGCUGAUAAGCUUCAGGUCAAAGCCUUGAACCCCAGUGAACUCAGGCACCAGCUUGUCUGCCAAGUGCUUGGAGUGGACACAUCAGCGGGGGCCAAAUGCUACAGUCCCCUGUUGUGUGUGUGUGUGUGUGUGUGUGUGUGUGUGGGUCUACAGUAAGGAGUGGCUGGGGGUUGGGGACAGUCACUGGGAUUGUUGUGCGUGUGUGGAACAAAAGGCCUUGAUCACUGAAAUCCUGCAAAAGGCAGCAGAGGAGGUGUUAAAAGUGAUACAGUGGAGAAACAAGCAGACCUGGAGGCCUCCUCUUUGCUCAUAAAGCUACUGUCCACACCCAGUCUGCACAUUUCCACUUGAAUCAACAAACAGGCGUUUGGAAAAAAAUGUUGUGUAUCUCAUUUAUGGUCACAUACAGAUACAUGCAUCCAAAUUAUAGGCAAUAAACAGAACCCAAUUUUAUCUGUAUGUCAUGUUUAAUGCUGCAAAAAGUGCAGCACAUAAAGAGGCCAAACAUGAGCGACAAUAGUCAAGUCAAAGUUUGUUUGACUGCUGUCUUUUAAAGGUGCUUUAUAAAUAAAAUGCUGUACAUGUGAUAAAUAAAAGAAGUAAAUAAAUAAAUAGAUAACAAAAAAUACAAUACAGACAGUAAAAUAAUAAAAGCUACAGUGCCUAUGAUUCCUCUGUGCUCAUUUAUUAAAUGCAAGGGAGAAAAGGUGGGUCUUUAAAGAGGCUGUAAUAUGGCUGGGUAGACUGAUCCACAGUCUAGAAAAAGCCCACAAUAGCUCAUAUGUUAUAUUAUCUAAGACUAACAGCAUCAGCAGUGAUACGCUUUAAUCGAUUAAGAAAACUAGAGGCCAGGAAAAACAUUACUGUAAAUAAAAAGUACAUUCGGGUUUGAAAGCAUGAGAAUAAACAAAUCUAUCUUUACACUCAGUAAAUAGGUUGUAUAAAGCAAAGAGACCUCUAAUUGUUCUUUUUUUAAAGAAGGAACUUUGUAAAUAACCUUGAAAGUGAACUGUUAACACAUGAAAUAAGCCUUGACAAAGAAAUGAACCAACAUUACGUUGAUAAAAACCUAAAAGCACCUCUACCUGUUGACCUACAAGACCAUGUCUGUGAUCUUUAGGCCCACAUACAAAAGCUUUUACCACUUCACAUUGAAAUUGACCCUGCCUGGAGUCUGCACGAGGAGGAGGAGGGAGGGGAUAUGGUCAGAGGGGGAGGAGGUGUUUAGCGACGCAGGGGACGAAAAAGGCGAAUGAACGAUUAACAAUUUCCUGCAGGGAGGUGCGGUUAUCACUCCCCUCAUCUCCUAGAACUCACCGGAGCGCGAGACACCGGAGCAGCACGCGCACAAUGGAUUGACUCUCAGGGAGAUAAUCGGAACCAGCUGUGAGACCAGCUCCGCGACAAGCUCGUGACUUUUUCUUUGAGUCACCUUUACAGUCUCUGGACGUUCAGGUAAGAAGUUUAUGGUUUUUUAAUACAACUUUACAGUAAAGUAAAGUUUUUUUUCCUGCGUUACUUUUGAACUUUUUACUCCAUACGGACUGUUCUUAUCGACUGAGACUGUGAAUGAGCGGUGGUGUAAACUUGACUCAAAGUUAUGUCAUGUUGGCGAGUUUAAUUAAGUUCUCAAAAUUACAGAGAUCAGUCAUUAUUAAUGUAGCACUUUUCAUUCACAACAAUGUAGCUCAAAGUGCUUUACACAGAAAAGGGAAUAAAAGAAACAAAGAAUAGCCAAAUCUACCCCAACUGUUAAAAUGCACAUAAAAAGGGCUUGAUUUCGUGGAAGCAGGAAGGUGCACACUGAGGAAACACCAAUUUAAAACCUAAGAUAAGGAAACACUGGGGGUUUAGGUUAAAAUCUAAAAACGAAGUAACAUAGAAUAAAAUAAUAAAUGAAAUGAAAUAAAAACAGUAAAAGAUACUAAAAUAAGAGCACCCAAAAAGCUCAGUAAAAACUAUCAUGUCAUUAAAACUAGAAAGAGAUAAAUUCAAAAACACUUAAAGUUAAUAAUAUAAAAUUUAUUUAAAAGCAAGACUAAAAAGGUACGCUUUGAGUUUGGUUUUAAAGUCAUUAAGAUUAGGGGCAGUCCUCAGGUCUUCAGGUAAGCUGUUCCAUAGACAGGGGCGUAGAUGCCUCACUGUAUGUCUUGGUUUUAACUUUAGGUAAUGUUAACAGAGAACUUCCUGAAGACCUGAGGGCUCUACCUGACGCAUAAGGUAUAAGCAGAUCAGAUAAAAUGGAUGGGCCAAAGCCAUUAAGAGCUUUAAAAACCAAUAAACCCACUGAGCAUUCUUUAUACAGAAUCUAGACGGUUGAAAUUAGGUCCAAAACAACCCCCAAAAUCUAGACGUCCAAUAGCUGUCUAUUGUUCCGUGCGAAGAAACCUUAAAGUCUGUUCUAAACGAGACAAGUAGCCAAUGCAGAGACAUUUAAAUUGGUGUAAUGUGAGCUCUCUUUGUGGUCCUACUUUAAUAGUAAAGGUAAUGUCAAGACAUAGUUCCGUUUUUUUUAUUUUAACCAUCAACAGGACUUUGUUCAACACAAUGACUUUAAUUGUUUGACAGAGUUAAAUGGAUUUUCCUCAGGUAAACACAUACAACAAAAGAAAACAGAAGUGCUUUAUUUGCUGUUUUUUAACCACCACUUGUAGUCAUUAGAUUUCUCUGGAUGAGCUGAAAACUGUGUUUUACAGCUCAAGAUAAAGAAUUUAGAAGACGCACUAUUUUUAUUGAUGCCAAAGCUGUGAAACUCAUUCGUUAGACUUUAACAUUCACUGCAAGUUUUCACUCAUGACUUAAAGAUGCUCUGUUCCCUGAUAUCCUGCCUGAGCUUUCCUCUCUUUCUCUACAGUCCAUAGUUUACAGUCUCCUCCUCUUUGUCUUUUCAGCCUUCACAAGAUCUCAGGUAUGAUUCAGAGGAAGGAGGUCGUGCUGUCCGUGCUCAGGGAGCUCCAGGAGGCCACAGAAAGCUCCGGCCUGGACGCUCUAACUAGAGUAGCCCUGGAGGUGGAUCAGGCCCUUGCUCCUUUCCAGCUCCCUGUGACCCCCUGUCAGGACUUCCCUGACUGGGCUGGUGUGGAUGACACAGCUCAUGGCCUGUACCCGGCAGAUGCACCUGCGGGCCUUGUGCCUCUGAACUGCAAGGGAGAAGGAAACCUGCUUUUUGACGCAGUUAGCACGCUGCUAGUGGGCAACACCAGACUUAGUUUGGAGCUACAGGUGAGCAGAAUAUUUUAUAAUCUUGAUCUGUAUGAAGUAUAUGCACCUAAAAGUUCACAAUUAAACUUUUGUACCCAUCUCCCGAGGAGGACAUCCAAACCCUUCUUGUACAAGUUGAUCAUAAUUUAACUUGAUUAAACCACUUAUUAGUAUUCUUAAACAUUGUUACACUUAAACUUAAAGUAUAUUGAAAUACACUAUGCUCUCUUUUGUGUUCUGUUAUUCUCCUGCUUUGUCCAUUAUCAGUCACAUCCCCGUUUUUUAGAUGUUGUCGGUUUCUCUCUGAUAUUAAUAAAAGUAUGAACCUUGUCGUUUCAGGUCAGGACGGUGGUGGAAAUGGUGCUGUGGAAAAGAUACUAUCUGUCCGGGAUGAUUGAUUCAAAAAUGAUGCUCCAGGCCGUGCGCUUCAGCCUCUGUGCCGAGGAGUCUGAAGACAUGCUCAACCUUCCCGUGACGGUCCUGGAGGCCAUCUUUGAUGCGGAUGUCAAAGCCUCCUGCUUUCCAGGCUCCUACGCAAACAUGUGGCAUGUGUAUGCUCUGUCAUCAGUCCUCACUUUCAAUAUCUACUCCAUCUACCCCAUGUUCAACCUCAAGAUCCGACCUUACUUCAACCGCGUCAUCCGUCCGAGGACCUGGCCCAAAGACUCUGAGCCACUGACCCUUCACAUCAUGUGGUCUGGUGAACUACAGUCUGAAUCUUUGUUCAGGCCAAAUCAUUUUGUCGCCCUGGUCCAGACAAGUGAUCUCACUUUCGGUAGCCCCGAGAGUGAAGAAAGGGAGUCACCAAUGAAGAACGAGGAGCUGCUGAACCAAGACUCGCAGAUGUGUUACCCGAGUCUAAAAGAUAAGUACAACAUCACCAAGAGGACCUUCUACCGCUGGAAGAGGCAGACGCAGGAGCAUUGCAAGAAGUCAGCAGCGAGGUACGAGGCAAAGUACUUCCUGCAAGCCUGCUACUUGGAGGGCAAGCUCAUCCCUUUACAUGAAUUCAAAGAGUUCUUCCCUGAGAUCUCCAGGUCGUCUUACUACAACUGGAAGCACGAGCUCAUGAAAUCCGGAGGAACCUUCUCUGCUUCAUCAUCCACGGGAGAGAUAAGUCCUGGAGAGAGCACAGAACAGGAGGCCUGGUCAUCACCAGAGGCAAAGCAGGAUGAGCCGGACCACCAUGACAGCGUGGCUAGCAUGUUUGGCCUCAGCAUGGGCAAGCCAGAUGUGGAGCGGGCCCAGAAUGUCGCCAGUAUGCAGGAAGCUAAGCGCUGCCUGCAGAGCUGCAUUGUAAUGAAUGGCUCUCUCCCAUUCAGGGUCUUCAAAAGAAAUUUUCCAGGGAUCUCCAGAUCGACGUACUACAACUGGAGACGAGAAGCCUUGCUGUUCAAUAGAGGGUACAAAGGCAGCGUUGGCAGCAGUGAAGACAGCUCAGAUGCUGACAAGAGCCAAAGUCCAAAGAGUCUGUCACCACUUCUGUCCAACACCAACUAUCCGGUAGCUCCCAGAAAGAGGAUCUGCAGACGUAAACACAGAAGCUUCCGGCAGGCGUACUUAAGCAAAAAACAGCUCCGGGAUGCAGCCAAGCUUCACGUCAGGAAGUCCAAAUGGUCCCUCACCAAGUUCAAGCUGAAGUUCCCUUCCAUGUCGCCUUGUUUCUACUGGCUGUGGCGUAACGGUCAAAACCGCAAAAAGAAGUCAGUCGAACCAGCUCCACAGAUGAAACUUUUGGAUAGUCUGGAGAACGCCGCUGUGAUUGAAGAAAAAACAACAAUGGAGAGCAGGAUGGGUUUCCAGGCUGCGUUCCCAUUUGUCGAGAGUCCAAAGCAGCCAGAGAGUCCCCCCAUGCCUCCCGUUCAUGGCCUACAUCCAAAGCACAACCUUCACGGAAAGGCGACAGUGGAUGAGCAGAUGUUCACAAUGGAUGUCGUCGCUCUUGCCAACUUCAAGGCCAAGGCCAAGUUGUUCUUACAGCAACGCUUUGAGCAAAAAUCCUUCCCCACGUUCAAAGAAUUCAGGUCCUACUUCCCCUUCACCCCACGCUCAACAUACUACAUGUGGAAGCGGGCUUUGUAUCAUGGUGUGUCCCUGGUUCAUGGCUAAACGCACCAGGCUUUUUUUUCCCCCCAGGCUUUUGAAGCGACAUAACAGCUUUGUACAGAAACUUCACACGCAGCUUUUUUUCUGUAAACAUACUACCUCCACCUUCAUGUCUACACACUCCCAAAGACACUCGCUUUGCAUCUAAAUGCAUUGUGUCCUUCCUCUACCCCUCCACCCCAGCUCAUUCCUCCCUCCUGGACAUUUGCACAUGUGUGAAAAGACACUAAGUGCUGGAUCUGUUUCAAACCCCGCAUGUUGCCCUCCAGGCAAAAGGCAGUACAAAGCUGGAGUUUGAAGCUGUUUCUCUUUUUCCACUCCCUUUUUAUCUUUAAGAAGCAUUGAACAUGGGGUCUUUUGUUCUACAGCAGAGAUUUUAAUGCUGAGAUGUGUGUUGUUUUUUGAUUUACUGUCAACUUGAGUGUCAUUUGAAUCUGGUAUAGAUUUCAGGUUCAGUCUUUUCUUAGAGUUGAAAUGUAAAAAAGUGGCCAGUGUUUUUUCCGUGGGUUUACCUCUUGUUCCUCGGUCUCUUUUAGCAACAGGGUUGCAGUCUAUUUUAUGUAUCUCUUAUGAUUAAUGACUGUGUACACUCCAGGGAAUUCACUUUAAAGCACCAAAGUUUAAGGUUGUUGUUGUAUUUACUAUCUUAACAACCUGCUUUUUCCUCUGGCAGUGAAAAAAAUACAAAUUCUGUCACGUUUUAAUUGCACUAAAAAAGUGAAUGUAUUUUUCCAGUUUUUCAAAUCAGAACAUUUCCAUUUUCAGAAUUGUUUACAUCCUUUUUCUACUUGAAAAUAUGAACAAAUAUAUUCUAUUUUUUCUACGAUGAUACAUGCCUUACUUGCAAAACUACCUAUGUCUUUGUGAUAUUGCCCUCAUAAGCUUAUUUGUCUGUUCUUCAGUAAAUGAACCCUUUUUCUACACAGACAAACAGGUCUGGUGUGUAUUUAUUACUCUCAGUCAAAGUAGUAUUUUAGAUACUGAACAGGUCAGGAAAUCUUGGCUCCAAUAACCAGAAAAAAAAUUGGAUUUGCUUGAAAAUGGCUUCAUAUUAUGGGCAUCAAUCUCAUUAUGUAACGUCACCUGUCACAUUUAUUUAUCCAGAAAAUAGUGAAACCUCUCGGUAUUUUUUCAGAGUUCCUGGGUCUUCCUGCCAACUCAAUGAGCCCAUUCACUGGCUGAAGUGAUACCUAUAAACCUAUUCUGGCCCCCUCUAAUCUUCUUCCCAAUCAGCUGAACAUUGAUGUGAUACUCCUCCUGAGAUAGAUUAGAUGGUUAACACACCACACAUCAGUGGCAGAGGUCUGCAGCAUGUCGUGACCCUAAAGUCACAUCAGGUCUUAAUCGGUUAUUUUAAAUUGGCACCAUAUUUUCUUCACAGAACAAAAUUUGGAGCAAAAACAAGUUGGCAUAACCACAUCUAAAUGAGUAAACAAGCAGGUCGAACUGAGCCUGUGGCCAAAGAAUAGAAAUGUGCUUGAAGUGCUCUUGUGGUUUUUGCUCGCUGCCUCCUCUUUAUUUAGCUAUUGUGCUCAUGCUAAUGAAGGUAAUGGUCAAGGGUGGGUGGGUUGGAGUACAGAAGGAGGGGGAAGGGGGCUAAUUGUAUGCAUGGAGAUGGAGGUGUCAGAGAUAAGGCCAAGAACAUCCAAGGAGCAGGGGGGGAGGGAUAGAAGUGUAAUGGGGGGUUUGCACCAGGUUUGAUUGUCGCAGAUCAGCAGUGAGCCCAGAAUUUCUGUCUGGCAUGAACAAUCACAGAAUUAUGUAGAUUUGUCUACUACAGUAACCAAGUAAUGUCCUUAAAACUGUCCCCAUCUUUGCUUUGAGGUGACAAGUGCAUGUUCAAAAACCAAGUCUGUGAUGCAGACGAAGAAUUAAAAUGAUCGUGAGUAGCUGAGAUUCCUUAAACUUAGUCCUGUCAUUGGACGAAAAGAUUUUUGAAUCAGCAGAGGAAAUAAAAAUUUUGAGCACAUAAUUUAAAAAACUUAAUAGAGGCAUUUCAAUGAACCUAAACAUCCUGUUUUGCAUGUAUUUUCUUUCAUUCUGAUACUUUUAUAGAUAUUUAAAUUCAUGAAUUGUAGAAAUAACAGCUCAGAAGUACAUUUAAUCAGGUAUUUUCUGAUGUUGAUAUGAAACAAAUGCAUUUUUUUUUUUAUUCAAAGACAUGUCCCUACUUUUCCAAAACUUUUCAAAAUUGCAUUAAGGGAAAUUAUAGAAAUGUCUAUGAGCAUCCAUUUUUCCUUCCUAAACACCAAUAUCUAAUCACAGUGAAAAAUGGAUUUCCAAGGCUUCAAGUUCUGCCAUUAAUAUUAUCAUUCUUAUUCUGUGUUUCAACAACUCCACAAAGAGCUGCUGGGUUGAUGUUCCCAUCUUGUAAAGUAGGUCAGAGGGCAGAGAUGAGUGAAAACUGUUAAAGGCAUUCAGCAGAGGCAGAGCGGUGAGCUGUCCCACAGGUUGGUGUCAGCUACUGCAAAGGCACGAUGGCCCCGGGUUUCAAGUCUUGUUUCAGGCACAGCCAGAAGCAGCUGAUCGGUUUACCUCGGUGAAUUAGCUGCAGUAUGAAGAUAAAAGAGUUUGGUUGAGUUAGAUGGUGCCAAUCCAUCAGGGCUUCAAAAGCAAAACUUAAAAAGGGAACCUGUAACAAACUAAACUUAGCAGAAGGAGAGCGACACAGAUGUGAGUUGGUCCUUUUUGUCUGAGAGGAGAGGAGGUUUACAAAAAAUUAUAAUGGUCAACUAAGUUAAAUCAUACAGCCUGAAUGCAUGACAUCCUCAGAAGAACUUUGGAGAUACAGUGUUAAAGUUAUGUUUGCAGUGUUAACAAUACAGUUCAUGUCAUUCAUUUAAAUGCAGUCCCACAGCAGAUGUAGUAAGAUCCCUUCGGUUGCAGCAUAUUUAAUACAUUUGCUGUCAUCUGUAAACCUAUUUUGCAGUGGAGGGGUAAAAUAUCGCUGCUCAGUUCUUCACUCUGCCUCAGGUCAAAGAUAAGAUCCCUAAAAUGUUUGAAAUGCUCAUUUAAAUUGAAGUGAACAAGUCUACUGACCCCAUUGUCUCCUUAUUUCAUAUCCUUGUUGUUUACUGUUCUGAGUUGAUUUACAUGAACCUGGUGUAUGAUACAAAAGUGUUAGAUAAUACCUCAGUGGGGCUUUGUGGAAUUAAAAGAUUGAAUACUGAAACACAUUUUGUUUGCAGGAAAUGCCUUCCAUCUACAUAACCAUUCACAUUUGAUAAAAUCUAUGAAUCCUUUUGACCUGAAAAAGUACUUCAAUUUCUGCAAGUCAUGUCAUCACGGUGUAAGUAUGCUGCAGAAAACUGACCCCGGCAUGAGCAAAUAUUUGAUGGAGUGUUUUCUUUACCUGUGGGUCUGUCUGUCUGUCUGUCAUCUCCAUCUUCAUUAUGAUAGAAAGCACCCUCACUGGCACAGAGCUACUCUGCAUUGUUUAUCUCAAAAAUAGCAUGAAAAUAAUGAGGGCUGGCAGGUGGGAGCUGAAGUCUUCAAGGAUUAGCAUACUGCAGGAAAAGAGAGAAAAAGCGAGAUAUAGCAGAGAGGCAUCCCGAGGAUGCCAGAUUUUCUUAGUAAACAAAACAGACCUGUGGGACUCUUCAGGCUGCCAAUUACCCUCUGAUAGGACAGUGAUGUGAACUUAAAAGACCUGGAAACUUGACCAAAGUGUGGAGAAAGUCAUGCAGAAAAGAGAGAAGAAAACAAAACAAAAAGUCAUAUUUGUCAUGCAUCUUUAGUGAGUGCGUAUCCUCUCUUAAACCGGGGCAAUGCCUGAGAGAGGCAUGUAAGAAAAAUGACACUUGUGUGACCCAAUCUUCGGCGUAUUUUCUGAUUAAAAUAGUCAGCCAUGGCUCCUGAUACAAACAAUGUUUCCUGACAUGUAGGCAGCUCGUCCACUGGGUGGCAGUGGUGUGCUUUGAAAAACUGGUUUUAGUCCCCCUCUCUGAAAAGAACCCCUUUCACCUCAUGCUUCAAUUUUAACCCAAAACCAAGUUUCACAGCACAGCUCAGAGUGUAUUGUGCAGAUUUAUAUGGUCAUAACUUCAUUUAUGAAAAUAUCACAGCUUUCUGUUCUGCAAUAAACCAGAUAACACUCAUAAAUCAACAGAAAUGUCAAAUACAAAUUAAAAAGCGCAGAAUAAAAUUGAAAAGAUGACAAUGACAUGCAGUUGGUAUUGUGGGAAGCUGAUGAACCAACAAUAAAAUCAAUGGUGGCUUGAGCAGGAGCAGCAAAGCGGUCAAAUGCUUCAUUGACAUUCAAGCAGAUGAUUAAAUCCUUCAAAGGUUGGACACCACUCACAAAAAAUACCAAAAAACAGAAGCUUACAAAUAUUUAAUUCAAGGAAAAACAAGAAGCAGAGAAAGUCUGUCCACAGCAAAGAGAAAAGUAAAAGUUCCAGUAUUAAAAUCUGCUUUUAAAGUGGUUAUUUAUUAAAAAUGUCCAUCCAAACCUCUAAUUUACAUUAAGACAUAGCAGUUGACGACAAUAUUAUACCAACUACUAUAAUUCCCUGCACUGAAAUGAACUGCUUUAGGGGUUCGAUUUAAAGUCUGGACCAACGCUCCUUAGUUUGUCCUUCGUCAAAGUUCACUUACGUCCGAAUGUAGAAAAUGCCUCCAGUUUCAGGACAACUUCUCCAUACGAUCUGUGUUUAACACCCUAUACUGGGUCAGAAAUGAGUCCUAACCUGGCCAAUGGGAAAACUGUACUCCUCACAAGUCAAUAAAAUUCAACACAACUCAACGCAGGUUUACUCGGAGUAAAAUAAAUAAAUAAAAUCUAAAUUAUUCUCUAAUAUGUGGUCACUUGUGUCAAUAUCUCUCCCACUGCUGCAACGAAGGCUAGAUUCAGCAUUGAUUCACGUUUUUAUGAAAAACAUACACAUUGAUUCCUCUCCACAUAAAUCCACACGGUACAGGGCCGUAAUGUUUUAGUGAGGAGGGUUCUUUUUAUUCAAUCGGUUAUUUAUAAUAUCCUGUAAAAGCAGUUUUAUGCUUAAACUUCCAUGAAUGACUCAUUGUCUUGUUCUUACGACUCCUUAAGCCCCGCUCACAGCCUCAGUCAUCACAAAUAGUAUCCGUGUCAUUACCAGCUGGCACGGCUUAAUGUGAUUCAACACUGAGUCACAUUAGGCUGCAAAAACUGAACCGGGUGCAUCGAGGGUUUUGCAGAAGCAGAUGAAUACUUUUUUUUUUUUUUUUAAGAUUUUAUUGCAACAAAAAAAAAGUUUGGCUGAGUUUAAAGCAGGGUAGCCCCUCUGGGAUAAAGUGACUUCAUCUGACUCAGAAUCAGGUGGAUGUGAAUUCAUUUAGCUCAAGGUGUAUGCCUUUGGGGAGAAGGGUCUUGAAUUGUUCAUGUCAGUCAAGGCGAAAAGCAGCUUUUGGUGAAUUUUCAAUGAAUAAUGUGCAAUUUGCAUGCUUAAUUAUACAUCAUCUUGGUAAGAGAGCAUGCUUGGAUCUUGGAGGUUUUCUGUCGAUGAAAACCUGCAGGAAGAAAGCAGUAGUUAAUCCAGUAAGAGGGUAUUAUUUACUUACCAGCACCUCUGGUUGCUGCGGUCAAUCUCCUCUCACAUGUAAAGUGAUUUACUGUAGGAUGAGUUUUGGUUUCUGCUAUUCCAUCACCCACACGUGCGAGCUAGUAGUGAUCAGAGAUCUGCACUGACAACUGAAUCAAUGAGUCACAACAGCAGACGUCUACUUCCUGCCUCUUUUGUUUCACUUUCUUUCAAACUGAAUCAAUAACUCUGAGGCUUUUUGCUGAUGAGCGAGUUUGUGUGAGAGAGAGAAAGAUAGAUUCAGGAGGGGCUGUCAGUGUAUUAACAAUAGCAGUUAAUGCAGCUCUGAUCCAGUUGCUGCUCAAGCAUCGGACCACAUGUCGACCAAUGAUUUUCAGGGUUAAAGGCCAGGUAAAUAAUAGCCUUGAUGGGUUAUCCAUGUUUGCAGUCACGUAAUCCUUUGUGUAUGUUUCUUUUGCUGGUCUUGUACAGUUCCACCACCUGUUCAAUUUUGAUUCAACGCGAGCCGGUCAAAGCUGGAGCCUUGAUCCCUUGAUUGAAACGUCCCAAACUCAGAGUUAGUGAGCAGAACAGGCCAGAUGGAGAAGUCUAAUACAGAAAAGGAUCUAAAGAGGAGAAGGUGGAGGGAGAUAUCUGUGUCCAUCCAUCCAUGUCAAGUCCUAGAAGAGUUUCUGCAUAGAAAACAGUUUGUGAGUGGAUUUAAAAGUAGAUGUUCAAAAAUACACAUGCAGUUUUCAUCCAAAUUAAAACCGUGAAGUCUACUAAUAUGUCUACUCAUUGCAUGGUAGGUUGUCAGGAUGGUUAUACCACUGUGGACUUGAGUUUUAAGAGUAAACCUGGUAAUCUGUGCCCUACAGCCAAAUAUGUCAGCGUCUGUCAUGGUUACCAAUUCUACCCCUGUGCACUUUUGCUUAUAUAGUUUAUGCUUAUACUUACUCCAGUUACCUUGGAAGUCGGAUGUUGGAGCUGGGAAUGACUUCACACCUGAGUUGACGGCGUUCCAGUUAACAAGUCGGAAAACUAAGAUGGACGCCUACAGUUAGCCGUUGUCAGUCGUUGUUAGCGGUUACUGCUGUCGUUAGCCAUUGUCAGCCGUUGUUAGCGGUUGCCGGCUGUUGUUAGUUGUUGUUAGCUGUAUCAGUUGUAAUUUAAACAACCCACAACACAGUAUUUUACUCUAUGAACACCAUUAGCGCUGUGUUCACAGUUCAAUGUUGGGCAGUAUAACAUGGACCACUUAUUUAAUUUCACAAAAACAAAACAGAAGAGCCGAAAAAUAAUUCAUUACAAGAGUUUUUACUGUUACUCUAUACUGCUGAUGCACUACGCUGCCAUCUUCAAUUAUCACGUUGUCAUCAAGUCGGGGUUGGUGAGGAUCGUCCGACUUUCGGAGCUCUAAAAUCCCGACUUCCGAGUACAACUGGAACUCAGCAUAAGGUCAUAGUAAAACACAUAAUCUGCUGUUGUUUCAGGAAGUAAAUAAGAGAAAUCCUUCUUCCCAGUUUGUUGCAAAGACAUAACCGUUCAGCCACAAUAAAUUAAAACUGUAAACUUUACUAUUAUGUCUGCUAGUUGCAUGGUUUGUUGUCAGGAUGGGUGUCCCACUGUGGACUCAAAUUUUAUAAGCUUUAAGCAAGAUUAUAACCUGAAAGAGCUGUCAGUGUUUCACUUUUAAGAGUCAACCUGGUAACCUGUGCCCUGCAGCCAAAUAUGUCAGUGGUUGUCAUGACUACCAAUUUUACUCCGGUGCACUAAGGUCAUAGUAAAACACAUAAUCCGCUGUUGGUUUAGUGAGUAAAUAAAAGCAAUCCCUCUUCCCAGUUUGUUACAAAGACACAGCCUCUCAGCCACAAUAAGUCCAGCCUAUAACUCCCUGAAAAUCUAUUAACUAUACUUUUUCUCCUUCUUGAUUAAGGUUGUGAAAGUCGACAUGUCUCACUUUGUUUUCAAGCUAAAUGUGGGACGAAGUAUUUACUGAUGAUCUCAAAAAUUAAAUGAAUAAUUUUAGGAAAGUAUUUGAACCUUAACUGAAUGAUAGCUUUUCAUUAGGCUUCAACUCUAACCCGAGUAUAAUUGCCACCACUAAAUUCAGCAUACUGAAGAAAAGCAGGGUAAAAAUAAUCCUACUCGUCAUGUGAGCAGCAGCCCGCUAAAGGUCUUCGUGUUUCUGUGUUUUCCCGGGUGAAAGCUAAAGGCCUGCUAGCCUGCCUGUCAACAUAUGAUGAGAAAACUUUCCCCCAGUACUCAAGCUAAUGGCCUCUUUUGAUUCCCCGUGUUAAUAAGACAGCCUUAUUAGUAACCUCAACCUUGUCAAAUGAACCGCCCAUAAUGACAGCGCCGACUCCAUUGUGAGCGUGGUGGGUGUUAGCGCAGCUGUUGGUUCGGCUAAUGGCUAAUGUCUUGGGUUGUGAUUAAAAGCGGUGUGACCAUGAACCAUGAACUCAAUUCAGCUCCGGCUUUUGUCUGCAGAAAGAGAAGAUAAGAGCUAAUUGCCAGAUUUUGUUUCAGCGGUACAAAGGAAGAGCUACAAACAGCCGGAGAACUGUGAAGUACAGGCCGGAAAAUAGAGUUUGGGUGAUAACUGCCUGUCUGCAUUAGCAAACACUCUAAAUUGGAGCUUUGCAGAGUUUUUGAUUGCUAUUGUCUACACAGUUUCAUCCUAGUUAAUACUCUUUUGUGGUUUUCUUUAAAUGGUUGAGAGGAGAGGUCAUGCUAGGUGAGCCUCUAAGAGUCCUACUUGGAUUCUGCACGAGUUCAAUAAAUCGAAUCCUCUCUUAUGCCAAUUUAGGUCCUUUGUUGACUGUAUUCAGUGGAAUUAUUGCAGCUCUUUAGUCAUAGAAAGUCUCAACCUUCAUUCAAGAAAGCUCCAGGAUUUCAAUAAUUAAAAAAAUUACUCUUAAUAAGAAGAUCUUAGAUGUGUGGGUGGGGGAAUACAUUUCACUGACAGGCUAAGCAUUUUAUACAACUGCUCUUGUGAGUGCUUUAUCCCUGAAGUGUUCCUGUGUGUAUGCAGGGUUUACACAUGUACAAGGUCAUAGAUAAUUCAUGCUGGGGAAAAAAUACCCUUUUAUUUUACAGUCCUUGCAUAAUCCAUAACCGAGCAAUAGCUGGUCCAUUAUAUCAGAUUGAAUUAUUCAUUGAGUUUAGGAGAUUAUAAGAACAUUAAGGCUCCUUUUUUUCUGUGAUAAAGAAAUGAAGUGAUAUAUUGUCUGGCAUAUAACUUGCAAAUUACAUUUUUUUUUGUUGCAUUGUUGCAUUCAAUAGAACUUAUGCUGCUUCCAUUUUCCAACAAGAGCAUCCAUUCAAUAUAAGGGGUGCAACUACAUUAUCUACAUUUGUACAAAAACACAAAUAAGACAUGUCUCUGGCAGAUUGUAUGUUACGCUUUAACAGAACCAACAAGUAGUCAACUAUAGGUGGAGGUGAAAGAGUAGGGCACAUAACGUAAAUACAGGCUCUUUCCAUGCAUCUAUGGAAACAUCGUCCUCUGAUAUAGAUUAUUUUAAUGAUAAAUAAUAUCCUUAAUCAAUGAUAACCCGCUCUUAAUGGCUGAUACCAAUAAGAGGAUAUGAUAUAUUCUUAUUUUUUGUGUGUUUUCAAAUGCAUAGCUAAUGCACACCUAUGAAAAGCUAAGAUUUUGAGUGCAAAGAUGCUUAUUUUAAAGCUCUAGUGAGUAACUUUUGGUUUGGAUCAACAGCUUGUAAUGUUGCCUGUGAUAUUGCCUCCUGCUACUGUGUUUCAACUUGUUGAUAAGCAAGAAAAAAAUAUUAAUAGCAGCUGUAUAUAUCAGAUGAAACAGUAUAAUCCAAACAGUAACAUCAAAGUUAUCCAAUAAUUUGCAGAUAUUUCAUCAGCCAUGAUAAUUAUACAUAAUUCAUGACAUGAGUUUUAAGUCAGUUCAUGUCUUAUUUCAUUGUCACAGAGCCAAAAAGCUCUAAAGUUACAAAAAAAUCUAUUCUCUAAAAGUGAUACAGACAUAUAUAAAGAGGAGGUGAGAAGAUUAGCCCCACCUUUACGAAUAUCCAUGAGGCCUGUGUGUGUAUGUGUGUGUGAAUAUGUACAAGCUGCAGCACACAAUGGUUCCUCUCACCAUGCUGAAUUAUAGCUGUGUCACUUUCAAUCAGUUGUGUAAUAUUUCACAAGAAUGCAGAGGAGUCCCAGAUCCCUCCCAAUGCAUGUGUUCAUCUGCCUGCUCCAAAGCACAAAUCUUUGACAGUACCCUGAGAUUUGAGCCAUAUUGUUUCUUAAAAUCACCAAGGAGGGAGCAAAAGACUUAAACUUUUUAUGUAGUGCAGAUUUUAAAUUACCCUUAGGAGAGCUUCUGAUGUAUUAAAAAUGUGCUUGGGGGCUCAGAACACUCUCCGAACAGAUUCAAGGUACGAGUUAGACGCUCGGAGGUGUUUAUGGGCUGACAACUAUGCGUAUUAAAGGAUAAAAACUGAGGAUUCUGGUUGGUAAAGGUUCCUGCUGAGCUGAAGAAGGUGCCAUCCAUACAGGGAUCAAGGUAACGUGAAUUCAUCAUUUUACUUUAUGGCUGCAAAGUGGGAGAAUGAAGAGAAAAAUGGUUGAUGUAGCAGAUAAAAAAAUAAAAAAAUAAAACAAAAACUGCUAUGAGUUUGCUGAAUCAGCUUUGCUGCAAAGGUCCAUUAACUUCCUGUGCAGCUCACCAUUUACUGCUGUAAAAUAGGGCAAACUAAUGACCGCUUAACCUGAAGUUGCUGUCUUCUUCUCUUUUCCCCUCUUGUUUUUGUCCUAUUAAAACAUUCUGGCUC